CCGACCCACGACCACUCUCUGCCCCAUCCCCAGCCGUAUAUAAGAGUACCCCCCAGAAAAAGCCCCCGGUUCUCAGCCCCCGGAUUCUAUUCCUCUCUUUGGAAUUUCUCGACCACUUUAAUUUCUAGGCCCCUAUCCCAACUCAAACCACCAUCUACUUCCGAGUAGAAGCAGACUGCAGGAUGAGCAAGAAUGCUUCCGAAGCACUGCAAGCAGGGGACGACGGAGAUGGAUUAAUAAAGGGCAUGGAUGUCAUCAUGGAAGAAUCUGCCUUUCCUGCAACAGCAUUUGAUGAUGAUGAAGAUCAUAUGAAGCAAGAUGAGCAAGUGAUGAGCGUUAAUGGUGGUUGCGGUGAGAGGGAGAUCUGGUUUGGAAGAGAUCAUCGUGGUCAUGAUCAAGACAAUAGUCUACUUGAUGAUGACGAUAAUGAUGCUGAUGUCAAUAAUGAUCCUUGCUCCCUCUUCUACACUGACUUCCCUCAUCCCGACUUCCCAUGCAUGUCUUCCUCUUCAUCAUCUUCCUCCACUCCCCUCCCUGCCAGGGCCGUUGCUUCCACAUCCUCCUCCUCUUCCUCCUCGUCCUCCUCCGCGGCUACUUCUUGGGCAGUUUUCAAGUCAGAGGGAGAUUCUUUCCACCCUAAUUCAGAGGCAGAAAUGCAGCGCUACCACCCCCUGGAGAGGCAGUGUGAUGAGGUGGUGAAUGCUGCUGCUCCGGCGGCGGCCUUGUCAUCCACCGCCUCCAUGGAGAUUCUUCCACUACCUGAUGACUACUGUAGCAACAGGGAUAUGAAUUGCAUGAAUGCGAUGGAGAAUUUCGGGUACAUGGAUCUGCUGGAUAACAGCGAUAUCUGGGACCCCUGCUCAAUUUUUGAGAGCGAAAACGUUAACCCCCCACAACAAGAUCACGAUCACCAGUUUCAAGAACGGAAACCUGCAUCAUCAGCAUGUGCGACCCCCAACCACCAGGAAGACCAAAUACAAGCUCCCUCUCAGCAUCAUCAGCCUCUGGAGGAAGACGGAAAUGAUAAUGGAAAUGAUGGCGGGCUAUACUUUCUACAAGGAAACAGCGAGCUUGGUGUUAUAUUCCUGGAAUGGCUCAAGCAAAACAAAGAUCACAUUUCGGCUGAAGAUAUGAGGAGUAUCAAGCUCAAGCGCUCUACCAUUGACUGCGCCUCCAAACGUCUGGGCAGCACCAAAGAGGGCAAGAAGCAAUUGUUGAAGCUCAUUCUGGAGUGGGUGGAACAAUACCAACUUCACAAAAGAAGAGCCACAGAAAUGGGUUCAAGAGCUGCAGCUGACUUUGACCCAAUCUCCUAUCACUAUCAUGAACGGCACCGGCUGCUGCAGCUGCUCACGAAAAUCGUUGUUCCCUGUAGUCAUCAAGAUCCAUCAACUGCUUGCCUUUCUCCCUCUCCAUCACCUUGGGUUCCACCUGCACCUCCAUGCGAGUCUUGUCCUAACUCCCUCGCGGCGCCAUUCCCGCCCACCAUGGGAGGAUAUGCGCGUGAUCCUUAUUCUAGUGCUGCAGCGGCAACUGUUGCUGUUCCUGUUCCCGUGUCGAACCAAACUAUGAAUAAUGCAAAUCUAUAUCUCGUUCCAGCAGAAUAUCAUCAACCCACGGACUCUCCUCAAUCGUGGAGUGGACCAUAUUCGAUGCCGCAGGCUCAGUACAACCCGUUCCCGGAUAAUACUAAACUUCCCGUGUCCGGCUCCCAAGCUCAAGCUCUGUAUGCAAAUCCAUAUCCGUAUCAGGUUUUUGAUGGGGGCAGUGGCGAAAGAUUGGUGAGAUAUGGUUCUUCAGCCACCAAGGAGGCCCGCAAGAAAAGGAUGGCACGCCAACGACGGAUUUCUCUGCACCAAUAUCGGCAUCCAUCAUCAUAUCAUCAUCAUACUCACCAAAAUCAGCCUCAGAGUCUAGUGAAUGAACAACAUGCAACGAGGAUCCCUGCUGUUGGAGAUGAUUGCACCUCCAACUCUCGAGCUAAUCCAGGGAAUUGGAUUUACUGGUCCCCUGCAGUUCCUCCGCCUGCUCCUGCUCCGAUGGCUUCGACUAUGCCGCCUUUGGUUUCAUCUGAUAAACCAUCACAUAGGCAAGCACCAACUCAACCUGUGGAUCGGGCGUACCUGCAACCGCAGCAGAAUCAUCAGCGUCAGGUUCCAUCAUCUGAUAGAAAGCAGAGUUGGAAAACGGAGAAGAACUUGAAGUUUUUGCUGCAGAAAGUGUUGAAACAAAGCGAUGUGGGUAAUUUGGGAAGAAUUGUGUUGCCCAAAAAAGAGGCAGAAACGCAUCUUCCUGAACUUGAAUCAAGGGAUGGAAUCCCCAUAGCCCUGGAAGACAUUGGCACUUCUAAUGUCUGGAACAUGCGGUAUAGGUUUUGGCCAAAUAACAAGAGCAGAAUGUACCUUCUUGAAAACACCGGGGACUUUGUGCGCGUAAAUGGACUUCAAGAGGGCGACUUUAUCGUCAUAUACUCGGACACGAAAUGUGGCAAAUACCUGAUAGAGAGGAGUGAAAGUUCGGCAGCCAGGGUCAAAAUCAGAGGCAAAGAAGCCGGCAAGGAGAAACCAGCGUAAUGUGCCCAAGCGGCCAAUAACUUUGCAUUUGCAUCUUUCAAACAAACGGUGAAACGAACAACAAAUUAGAGGAGGAACAGCAACCAGCAAUAUGAAUGAAAGAAGAGAUGUGGCAUUUUCUUUUGACAAAUGGUUUUUGUGGCAUUGCAACGGAAUAAGAGUCUCAGCAAGGUCCAAAGGAUAUUUAACCAUUUCGAGACCAAAAUGAAGAUCCAGUAUAUGCUUUAAUUUGCUUCAUCUCAGUACGUAUAUGUUUCAAUUUGCUUCAUCUAGCAAUCUCCUAACCUGUUAAAAUGUUAAUCCCAGUUCAUUUUUUUUGGUUGGCCCGCAACGGGUGCAAGAAAAUUUGCUUCUUGUGGGUGUGUAUCUUGCUGCUGGUUUAACUGGUUUCUUCGACCAUGUAAUUUCUUAAAGCUCUGUAUGUUUACUAGUAUAAACUAGAACCUAGUGACCUGUACUCAGUCAGUGACUUGUGUACUUUUGAACUCCAUCAUGUAAAGUAAAAACGUCUUGUGUUGUUGA